AUGACUAAAGUCGCAUUGGUAGUUGUGGAUCUUCAGGAAGAUUUCCUUCCAGAUAAAGGCUCCCUAGCAGUACCCCAUGGUAGAGAUAUCAUCACCAGUAUUAACAGAUUAGUAGAUGCGAGGAAAUACAAAUGGCUGGCCAUUAUAGCUACUCAAGAUUGGCAUCCAGCUGAUCAUUGCUCAUUUGCAUCUCAGCAUGGAGUACCACCCUACACUCAAUUGGAGUUCAAGCAUCCCUUAAACGAUAACAGCAAGACAAUGACUCAAUACGUCUGGCCAGAUCAUUGUGUUCAAGAAUCAUAUGGUGCAACCCUUGAAGAGUCCUUCCUCACUUUAUUCAAUACAACCCAAGAUGUUCCAAAGAAAAUCGUCCAGAAGGGGUAUUUAAAGGAUAGAGAAUACUACUCUUGUUUCCAAGACUGUUGGAAGUUACAUAAGACGGAAAUGGAAGACUAUUUAAAGGAAUUAAAUAUUACAGAUGUUGUGUUUGUUGGACUAGCAUAUGAUUUCUGUGUACUUAAUUCUGCUGUCGAUUGUGCUGCUGCUGGAUUCAAUACUUAUGUCAUUAAACUGUGUACCAAAAGUGUUUAUCCUGAAAAGGAAGCUGACACCGAUAAACUUUAUAAGGAUGCUGGGGUUAAGCAAAUAGCUUAUGAUGAUCCUUUGUUCACAAGAGAAUAA